UUUAUGUCCAUUUUGGGUCUUCAGGUGGUGCAACUGUUUUCAUGUCUGGACAAGAUUACGUACAUUGAAUGGGCCCCUGAUUCUGAAUAUAUACUUUGUGGUCUUUACAAGAAACCUAUGAUACAAGCAUGGUCUUUGACACAACCUGAGUGGACAUGUAAAAUAGAUGAAGGUCCUGCAGGAGUUGCUUAUGCUAGGUGGAGUCCGGACAGUCGUCACAUACUCACGACAUCUGAGUUUCAGCUACGGUUAACUGUUUGGUCACUGGUUAACACCGCAUGCAUACAUGUCCAAUGGCCAAAGCAUGGGUCUAAGGGGGUAUCAUUUACCAAGGAUGGAAAGUUUGCUGCUGUUUGCACCAGACGUGAUUGCAAGGAUUAUGUUAAUCUGCUAUCUUGCCAUACAUGGGAGAUAAUGGGUGUUUUCGCUGUUGAUACAUUGGAUUUGGCUGAUGUUCAGUGGUCUCCUGAUGACAGUGCUAUAGUCAUAUGGGAUUCUCCUCUUGAGUACAAGGUUCUGAUCUAUUCUCCAGAUGGAAGGUGUCUAGCUAAGUAUCAAGCAUACGAGAGUGGACUAGGAGUAAAAAGUGUUUCAUGGUCACCUUGCAGCCAGUUUUUAGCAGUGGGAAGCUAUGACCAGAUGUUACGGGUUUUGAAUCACCUGACGUGGAAAGUGUUUGCAGAAUUUGUGCACCCAUCUGCUGUUAGAGGUCCUUGUUGUGCUGCUGUUUUCAAAGAAGUGGAUGAGAAACUCGAUAUGUCAGAAUUAUCACUGGGUGAUGAUUUCGCCCAGUACAGCAGUGAUAAUGCUUCGGAGUUACAUAGUCAAGUCAGAUACAAUGUUUUGGAGAUACCUAUCAAUCUUCCCUCUCAGAAACCUCCUGCAGAUAAGCCAAAUCCCAAGCAAGGAAUCAGCCUCAUGUCAUGGAGCAGUGAUAGUCAAUAUAUUUGCACUCGCAAUGAUAGCAUGCCCACUGUACUCUGGAUAUGGGACAUAAACCAUCUUGAGCUAGCUGCCAUCUUAGUUCAAAAAGAUCCCAUCCGAGCUGCAGCCUGGGAUCCCACAUGUCCACGUUUGGUUUUAUGUACUGGAAGCUCCCACUUGUACAUGUGGACACCUUCAGGUGCUUAUUGCAUAAAUGUUCCACUGCCUCAAUUUGCGGUAAUUGAUCUGAAAUGGAACUCAGAUGGGAGCUGUCUUUUUCUCAAAGACAAGGAGUCAUUCUGCUGUGCUGCUCCGGAGAUACUGCAAGAAUCCAGUGAUUAUAGCUCUGAUGACUGAUGCUUCCAUCAUACACAUUAUGAAACUCUAUGGAGCUGAAUUUGUUUUGUUCAUCAUACCUCCCAAAGUGAAUCAUUCCUCAAGGUGGCAGCUUAUCAUUUUUCAGUUUGCACUUUAACGUGGAAGAAAAGGUAAUCUUAGGUUGUGAUAAUCUUGAUUAUUUGCAUUGUAAUGGUGUAUAUUUGAGAUCCAAAAUAGUAGGACGGAUUUUAGAAUCCGGAUUUGUAACGUUAUCUCCAAAUAGACAGUCAAAGGGGGUCUCGAGAGAGUGCCUUUGCUUAUGCUGGAGAUCAAAUUUAAUGUAUUAAUAACUUUUGUCUAGUUAAUGCGCGAUGCCUGAAGCACAACUAUUGCCAUCUU